AUGUUUGGGUCUAGAACUGUAGCUAACAUGGAAUUUUCAACUAAAGGAUUUAGAAAUUGGAAAAAAAUUUUUGGCUCUAGAGGAGUAGGAUCGAAAUACACUAAAUCAAAGUUGGAGUUGCAUUCUAAUUGUCAGUACCAUUUGACUUGUAUGACAAAGUGGCAUGCACAUAUCCAAUCUAAAACUUCUGGUUCUGUCCAUACAUUAGUUACAAAUGCACACCGUGAUAAAAUAUUAGAAAAUAGAGAUUACAUGCUAACAUUAAUUGAUAUCAUACUAUUUUUGGCACAUCAAGGAGUAGCAUUUAGAGGUCAUAUUGAAAAUGAAACAUCUUUAAAUCAAGGUGAAUUGGGUAACUUAAAAGAAGCAUGCAAACUAAUGGCAAAGUAUAAUCCAACUUUUGCUUUAAAUUAUGCUAAACCAACAAAUCAUACAAGUUGGUUAAUACAAAAUCAAAUCAUUGAGAUAUGCGCUAAACAUUUAAGGAAUACUAUUGUUGAAGAUAUAAUAAGUGCUGGAAUGUAUAGCGUUUCGUGUGAUGAAGCUCGAUGUCACAAGGAAGAACAGUUAGCUGUGUGUGUUCGUUACCCAAAAAACCUUAAAGUAGAAGAACGAUUUGUUGGAUUUUUAGAUGUAUCUCAAAGUCAAAAUGCUGACAGUCAAUCAUAUGACGGUGCUAGCGUGAUGUCGGGUCAUACUGGUGGAGUUCAGGCUAAGCUUAAAGAAAUACAUCCUAAAGCUAUUUAUGUACACUGUAUGGCACACAAAUUAAACCUUGUGGUCAUUGAUAUGUGUAAACAUUUAAAGGACGCACGGAAUUUAUUUAAUGGCUUGGAAGCGUUGUAUGUUCAUUUUAGUCAACCUACGAAAAAUAAAAAAAUGACCGACAUUCAAGAAAAACUAGGAGUUAAAAAAACUAAAAUCCCACAAAAUAGAAUUACAAAAAUAAAAGAUGUUGCCCAAGCAAUAGGUCUUCUGUCUACAAUAAAAAAUGGGAAAUUUGUCGUACAUUUGUUUGUUCUUAAUGAUGUUUUAAAAAUUAUUAACAUUCUAAGUACUCAAUUGCAAUCAAAGUCUACAACUCUUGGAAAAUCUAGUUCAUUAGUAUGUGGUGUGAUUGAUACUCUGAAAAAUAACCGUUCAGAUGUAUAUUUUGAUAAUCUGUGGAAUGAUAUUACUAUAUUUUGUGAAGAACAUGAUGUGUCAUUGGAUAUUCCUUCACAAGGUGGCUCUAAACGUCGUAGAAGGGAACCUACAUAUUUACAACAAUAUGCUGUACUAUCAACUACUUCGGCAGAAGAAUACCGUGUUAAUGAUGUACUAAUGGGUACUUCAAUAAAUAAAAAUUAUUGGAAAAUGCAUUGUUUUUAUCCUAUACUUGAUAUUAUUAUUGUCAAUAUGGAAAAACGGUUUUCACCAGAAAGUAUGGAAAUAGCCCAAUCUGUAGACAACUUUUUAAAAUUAAACUUUAAUGAAAGUUUACAAUUCAUUAAUCAUUAUAAGGAUUUAUUCGGUGUUUCCAAAGAUUCUUUAAGAUCAGAAAUGAUGGUUAUCAAAAAUACCUUGAAAGUUAAUGUUGAUUUGGAAGUUCUGCAAAAUCACUUAAACUCAUUGAAUAGCAAACAAAUCUUUCCAAAUUAUUAUAAAUUAUUUAAUGUAGCAAUAACUUUGCCAAUCAAUUCCGCUACUUGUGAAAGGUCAUUUUCCGCAAUGAGGAGGUUGAAAACAUGGAUGCGAACAACGAUGCUCCAGGAAAGAUUUAGCAAUUUAGGGAUAAUUAAUAUUGAAAAAGAUAUCAAUAUUGACAGGGUCUCAGUUUUAAAUGACUUUGCCAAAUCAAACAGAAGAAUAAAUUUAAUAUUGUAACCAAUUAUCUAGUUAAUAAUAAAUAUAUGUGCAUUAAUAAGUAAUAAUUUUAAUAUUUUAUACUAGUAGCUAAUAAAAAAAAAGUAAUAUUGUUAUUAUUUUUUUUUUUUUUGGAGGGGGAUUUUUGUUGAAUAUAUUAAAGGGCUUGAGCCCCCGCCAAUGUAACUCCCUAUUUGCG